CGUUCUUGUUUGUGACCGUUUUUAAUUUGAUGUAAAAAUAUACUAUACAAAGAGCCCAAAUUUUUAUUUAAUUAGAAACGUAUUCUUUUGUAGUUUAUUACACAUGUAGUAUGAUAACAGCGUGGACCACUGCGUUUGCACCACUCGUAAUCGUACUUGGUAAACUUGCAAUGGGACAAAACAUUAAUCCUCUCCUGCCUUAUGGUUGUGCAAUCCCUUUUGAUCCAUUAAAAGAUUGGUUUCGGUACAUGCUGGUGUAUGUAUUUGAAGUGUAUGCAAUUCUCCCCUUUAUGUACAUCUAUAUAGGAACAGAACUCCUCAUGGUUACUCUAUGCGCUCUUCUUAGUGUCGAGUUUGCCAUACUGAAAGUCGAUCUUACGUACGUAAAACCAGAUAACUCUUCAAUAAAAAUCCUCGUUCGUAAACAUCAGCAGCUCCUGAUGUACAUUGGGUUACUUGACAAAAUUUUCAAUAUAAUAUUAUUUUUAGACUUACUUUUUAUUACUGUUAUUAUGUGUAUAUGCGGAUUUGCUGUUACUUGCGCUGAUAUUGCACAAGCGGCAUAUAACAACAAAUGGUAUAACGUUAGCGUAAGCUACAAAAGGAUUAUUUGUUUUAUUAUCACAAGGGCCCAAAAACCUUGUUGUCUAACAUCUUUGGGAUAUGUGCCUAUAACACUAAACACAUUCUCCAAGGUAGUGAGUACAUCAUGGUCUUAUUAUUCAGUAAUAAGAACAGUGUAUGGUAAUAAAUAA